CGCAUCGUAAGGGUGGGUGCUAUCGCCGUCCCACUCGGACGCAGCAUCACCGGACAUUUCGACCGGGCAUUUCAAUUUUGAGAAAGAGUAGGACCAGCCCCGUCCCCCUCGCCUCGCCCGCUCCCCUCGCCUCCCGUCUCGCUCGCACCGAGGACGCUCAAAAGGACGAAGGAGCGAUAACUUCAUCACCGCGCGCCGCUCUCACUCGCACGCACGCCUCGGUGGGGGACGACGUUGCGAAUUGUUAUUGAAGUCAUGCCCCCGAAGGCGACUUCGGGAAGGCUGUCAGUUGCUUGUAAACGGUCGCAGCGUCCGUACUCGGUUGACCCGCGUCGUGACCGCGCCGUACCUGCCAACUCAACACAAACUACGCUGCGCCGCCGGGCUUAAAUUAAAAAUAAGUGCUGAUUUAUCACGCCGCAAACCUCUCUGUGAUUUUAGUUCGUAAAGACUUUGGAAUUUAAGACUUUGCUCUGUGACAAUAAGUUUUUUGUGAACUGCGAAUGAUGAAACUUUUAGAACUAACUCGUAGUGCUGCCUGUUGUGAACUAUAGAGUGUAGCCGGUGGAGUGCAGCGUGUGGGUGCGAGGAGCGCGGAGUGUUUACUGCGCGCACGUGGCCGCGCCACCGCCCGCCCGCCCGCGGAAAUGCCGCGAAAAACUUUCUCCGAAAACAUCGUCCUAGAGUAACUCGCGAGGCAGACGCGCCAGCUGCAACAUGACUUCAACCUGUAGCGCCUGAAACGAAGCGCUGACUACAUGUACGUCAACACGAACAGUGCUGUUUUUUUAUUAUUUUUUUUUCGUUGGAGGAGACGGGGCUCUCCUUUAGAUUGAUGAUUUAAAUGGCUAACAGCAACGCUGUUUCGUCGACCUUACCAUCGAGGGACUACCAUUGUAAGGUUUGCGAUCUGUACUUGGACACUGUUGAUUCGUUGGAAGUGCAUUUACAAUAUCACAAAGAAAAUUUGUAUGUUAAAUGGGGUACGCAAAACAUUCAAAAUGACAGUGAAAAUAACAACGGGGCGAAAGUGAAGAACGAAACGACAGUGUCGGCCCCGGCCGACUCGAGCGACAGUAUGAUCACUAAGCCUAGCCCCGAGUUCCAGCAGCGGGCUACGCCAGAGACUUCAGCUCAGUUCCCUCACCCUGCUACACCCCAAAGUUAUCACAGCGCUCCAUCGCCGUACCAGAAUCCGGAUCAAACCAACUUUUCCCCAGGAGCACAAUUCGGUAAUAAUUAUUCUCAUUCUGGCUUCACACAAAAUCAACAUUCAGAACAAAUUAAUUGGGAACAGUCACAAUAUAGUCAAGAAUAUCACAAGUCGACACGCUUCCACCCCUAUAACAUGCAAGAACGUGUUUCGCAAGUAUCUUCAUCGAGCCCCUUGUACGGUCAACCACUGAACCAGCCUACGCCGUCCCCAUCGCCAAAUCAAUGUGACAAGUGCGGCUUUGUUUGCGAUUCCGCUGUGCAGCUCAAUGAACACUGCAACUCCGCCCACGCAGGAUCUAGCUCUGCUUCCGGAUCCGCGCCGCUGCCGUUUCAACAGUUCCAAGGGAAACAGUACAAUAACUCAGGUUACCCUAAUGAUAAUGUAAAAAUUAAGGAAGAACACGAGGAAUCAUCAGAUAUCUUAGACCUUGAUUCUCAAAAGGUCGUCUAUCAGGGCAACGAAGGUGAGCAACCUAACACUUCUUAUGAAGAAACUGCACAAACCGGUCGGGAAGUAAAUACGAGAACUGUGCCCAUGAUGCCCUGGGAAACACAAAAGUUAUAUAGCAAUCCUCAAGUAAACGGAGAAGUAUCGCUUUUCAAAGAUCAGAAAAUGUUCGCUGAACAAAAACCUCCAUACCCGACAGAAGCAAAAAUGUUUCAUCCUGAUCAAAAAUUUGCUUACGCCCAAGAAAAAUUUCACCCUGGUCAUCACGAACAAAAACCAUUUAUGCACGUGGAACAGAAAAUUUAUCCUGGAGUACAAAUGCCUCCUUUGACUGAUUUUGCGGGAAUGUCUGCUGCUAAUCCCGAUAUGAAGCCUCCAUAUCGACCGUAUGAUUCUCCAGCAGCACCCCAAAUAACUAGUACCCAACCCGCUAAUCCGACUUCGUCGACAUUACCUUCAAUUGGAGGCAAAGGAGCUAAUUGGAAAUCAAAUGAAGCAAGAAGACCUAAAACUUACAACUGCACCGCUUGUAAUAAAUGGUUCACUAGUUCCGGUCAUCUAAAGAGGCACUAUAACACCACGUUACACAAGAACGCGGUGAGGUCAUCGGGGCAGCCAGAUCCAGCCACGAUGCCUAUCUCGAGUCAUCAUCAUCCGAGCCGCGACUCACUGCAGGCUCGUGCGCAGCAGCAGUCGGUGGACUCCAACACCCAGAGCCCAGUUCCACCAGAGGAUGGCCGUAGCGUAGACGACUCAUCACUCCACUCUCCAUACUCGGCGCAGAACUUCGACCGCUCUCACCGCGUGGCCACCAUGCAGUCCAAGUCACCAUAUACGCAUCUUCAACAGGGUAACUUAGAUAAUAAUUUCAGUAAUAAUCCUUUAGCUAAUCACCCUUUACAGCAUCAAGUCGGAUCGCAUCCGCUCAAUAUAGGUAGUCAACCGCCCGGUAUAGGGAAUCCGAACGAUAGUAGUCAACAUGGCAAUAAAGGUAUCGGAAUAUCCACUACUGGGAAUCCCCCAAACGGGGAAGCAGGUCCCUCUGUUACUCAAAAUCAUCAUAUGAGGGGCCUGCUAUCAGUCUCAACCAGCAAUAUUUCAACUCCACCUCUAACCCAGAAUACACCGGCUCUUACAGCCCACACACUGCCCCCGUUCAGUCAUUUGGGUGUCAACCCGUACAACCCGAGGUCUACGGAUCCUUUGGGGCCUUCGGUUCCGGACCCCACGCACACCCCAUUAUAUUUGGGUCAGAAUUUUCAGCAGACUAUAGCACCGAGUUACCCAAACGGGAUGGCCCCCCACGUUAUGGAUAUGGCUAUCAACAAUCUGCCUAUAGCCAGUCCGGCUACUUUUGGUGAAGCGACACCGGAAGAAGUUGAAGUUAUGGAACAUGAAACGUCCAGUGAACCUGCGGGUGGACGCCUGCCGAGUUUCACUCAGCUCCAAACGCAGAGCUUCAGCGUUUAUGUUUCAAACUAUAUAUCGCAGCCUAACGUGGGGGGUCAAAUUCUCGCUGAUGAGUCGACCGCAGGAUACAUUAUCGUCGACCCGGUCCAUUCUCCGUUUCAAUACAAUAAUCUCGAAAUAGGAGGGCAGAAUGUAGACUAUGAGUAUAGUUUUUCACCUCGAAGUACAGUUAAAGACAACGUUGUUAGUUACAGUCCGGAGCAUGUUAAAGUUUAUCCUAAUAAUUACGCAAUAGGCGGGAAAACAAUCAAACAGGAAGAUGAAUAUGAGUAUAUUACAGGGCAGGGUUAUUCAGGUCAGGUUAUAUUCAAAAUCGAAGAUAUUAUGGAUUAUGCUAAUAAAGAGAACUACGGUAGCCAGAUGAAGUCCCCAGCUAGUCCAGAAAGUGCAAAGGUGGAAAAUGAGAAUCGCGGUUCACCGGCCGUCACCUCGACAGUGAGCACGCCGCUCGCGGAGCGCAACCAGGUCAAGCCUAAGGCCGCCCCCUCGACCGUGCAUAAGUGCUACGAGUGCGACAAAGUUUUCAAUAAAGCGUGCUACCUCACUCAGCACAACAAGACUUUCCACUCGGGUGCUAAGCCAUUCAAAUGCGACCGGUGCGGCAAACGUUUCUCUGAUGAUGUCUCUUACGAGGGACACUAUUUGAAGCAUACUGAUAAUAAACCUUUCAAAUGUAACGAAUGUCCCAAGUCAUUUAAUCACAAACCCGAUUUGCGCAGGCACAUGUGUUUGCACUCGGGCUGCAAGCCGUUUGCGUGCGAUCACUGCGGAAAAGGGUUUAUUAGAAAAGAUCAUAUGGUAAAGCAUUUUGAUACUCAUAUUAAGAAAAAUUUACGUUCUUCGUCGUCGGUGACGUCCACUACAACGACCUCGCCGCCGGGAGCGCUGCAAGUUGUUCUUAAUUAAAAAUUGAGCGGCGACUACGCGACGAGUACACACAUAUCAUUUUCGACUAUAAAACAAAUUGCAAUAAAAUUUAAUUUUUGUAAUUUCGUCUUCGAAUAAUAUUAAAAUCGGUAUUAUUUUUGAAAUACUCCGGCUUGGACAAUGAUCGACACGAUGAGAUGUUCAGCCCGUUUGCGGCGAUCGAAAAAAUAUAAUAAAUAUAACAAAAAAUGCGGCGCACAAUCAAAUUUAAAUAUUAAUGCAUUUGACACAGUACAAAUAAAUUGCUGCAUUGAAGUUAGGAUUUUGGAUGCUUUUACAUAACGUGCGCCGACGUGUUUCCAGUUCACUAGCUAGUUUUUGUUGUUCAUUCAAGCUAACCUUGCGCGCGCACAAGGUGACUUAACAUGCCUGGGCGUCUGGCCGCUAAACGUGUAAUUACAUGACGUUGGAAUUAUAUACUGCGAUAUCUUUUAGAUCAAAUCAUAUCAAUUUUACAUAUGAAAGAACUAAAGUAUUAGAUGAAGACCGAUUAUAUUUUAUUUCAGGUCUAGCAUUAUUAUUAUCGUCAUGUUGUUCAACAUAUCUUAUUUUUACAUAAUCUAUGGACCAUAGAUUUUUUAGAGUAAUAUUGAAAAUUUUCUCAUUGAAAUUGUUAAAGUUAAAUACAAUAUUUUGUAUUUCAGAAGCUACAUAAGUAGAUUAAUUUCUGUAAAUAUUGAGAGGGACUCGAGUGCCAGCCAUUUACUUUAAGUAGAAACUGCGGUGUAGUGAAUGAUGUUAUAAUGAUUUGAGAGCGUUUUACCGGUAAAGUUUCGGUAUCAGUAAAAUAUUUUUUUAUUUGAGAAUAAUAAUGUGUUGAUGCCAAAUUUAAUGAUAGUAUCGCCAAGAGUACAAUAUGAUCAGGUUUGAUCGAUUUAUAAGUGUAACGACCUAGUAGUAGGUAGUCGUGUUCGGGUGGACGCGGUCGGCAGGGCGGCGCGCGGGCGCACAAGCAGCGCCGGUGCCGCCGCGCCGCACGUCCUUCGGAGGAUGCUAGGUAGUCACUUAGCAGUUUUGUUCUAGAUAUAAAAGUUCUCCUAUUGAUUAUAUCUCGUAUUGAUAAUUUCCCGGUGCUUCCUAUUAUUAUUUUGUCUGUUGACAUUUGUUUUGAUGUAAGCUAGUUGACUUUCUUUGUUUGACGAUUCAGAAUGUUUUCGUGGAAAUUUAAUGCUAAUUUAUCCAUUUUAAGUUACCAAUGUUAUUUGAACGAAUUUAGUUUAUACAUUUCUGUUUCGUUAGUGGUAGGAAAGUAGUCUUCCUGAACGUUGCCAAAUUAAUUCCGCCAACUGUCUGUUGCGAAACGAUUUAAUUUUUAAUGAUUUAUUAGCCUAAUGAUAAUGAAAUUCUCUAGCAAUAAUUUAAAAUAAUAAUGUAAAUGUUUUUUGUAUAGUAUUAAAUAGAUUGUCACGACUAUUGAUUUAUGUAUUAAUAAACAAAUUAUAUGAGGAACGUAAAUUCUUUGUACAUAAUAUUAUUGUGAGGUUCGACGAAUUUGCAGUUUGAUGGGACAUAUCAAGGCCGAGUUGCGCAGGCGUUGCAAAAUAUUCCUCUCGUUAUUAUUUAUUAUUCGUACUUAAUUCAGUCGGGACUCCCGACUUAUAUUAUGUGUAUAUAUCUUCAUUCGUAUAUAUAUGAUAUAUAUACUAUAUGGCGAUAAGAAUAUUUUGUUCCGCUUACACAUCCAUAUCAUAAUAGGUCGAUUGCAAGUUGGCACCGAUUUUAUUGGUUUACAUUUGAAAUGUGCAAUAUGAACAUUAUAUCGAUUUAAUUUUGAUAAUGUUUGUAUUUGAAUGUUGAUUAUAUUGCAGAAAUAUUUUUAUACAAAUAGAAUAAACUCAAUGUUGAUCUACCUCAUCAGUGACUACGCACGUAAUCAUAUUAAGUAUACCUACAAUAAUUAAUCGGUAAUUGAAGCAAUAUAAUAAUUAUACAGACAUACUAUAUAAAGAUUAUGUAUGGACCGAAAUGGCCUACCUCUUAGAUACGAUGAAACUAUUCAUGUUUUUUUAUUAUAAUAUUAUACAUUAAACAUUAUUAUAUACACAUUAUAUAGUACCUAUCUAUAUAUCGAGUCGCGAUGCCAUAGUUUAUAUUCGUGUACAAAUUAUACAGCACUCGGUGCAACCGCAUACAUUUUUCAUAUCCGUACAAAUUUGUGCGGAGUUUAUUUACAGAAUACAGAUGUUGUUAUAUUGUUGAGAAUAUUUUUUUGUGUAACACAGAUGUUCUUCAUAUCAAUAAUGUACCAGUGUCACAAAAUAUUUGAAACUUAACUACCUCAAGUAAAGAAUAUAGGGUUAUUAUGAUAGUGUUGUGAGGUGCGGGGCGGCGCGGCGGGCUCAUAGUUCUAUGUAGCUACACCCUCUAACUAAAUACCUCAUCUUGCCUUCCACCAGAGUGAUUCGUAUUAUUUACUGUAGUACUUACUUGCCCAAGCGCAGCCCGCGGUGUCGCUUCCGCUAUUAUUAUACAUUUAUACAAUAAAUAUAUUAAACGGGCAUUCUGUCUCUCCUCUGUUUAAAGCACACGAUAGUAGUAUCAAUUAGGUAUAAAACUUAUGUAAAUAUAAAAUAACGAUGAGUUUGUUAUUUAUCAUAUUCUAUUAUAGUAUUCAUCGAUAGACUUAUUUUGAAAUAAGUUUAACGUAGUGAUUUCAAGUUUAUAACAAUAGUCUGUAAGUAAAUGUAAGUAAUUUUGUGAUGAUUUUUAUUUGUGUAUAAUGUAAUAAUUUAAUAAUCAGUUACCAGAUACUUUCUGUUACAUUGAGUUGAGUAAAAUUGGAAGAGUUAAAUACGAUGAGAAGUUGUUUUUUUUUAUUAAUAUUGUUCCCUCGUCCAAUCGUGUUGAUGCAUUGUAGCAGAUGAAAGUGCAUGCGUUUCUUUCAUUCGUUUCAUAAUGAAAUUUGUUUACUAUAAGCGUAGCGCAAAAUUUAAACCACUAACGAUGGACAGUGUUCUGAUGGGUACAUAUUUUUAAAGCGCUUUAAGUUAUUCAAGUGUGUAAGUGUUGAAAUUUACAGCGCUCUGUAAAUGUGUCCACGAGAGCACUGUCUUAUCAAAAUUAGAUAAGUUUCGGUCAUAGAUUAUUCUAGUUUAAGGCUACAGAUCUGUCUCACCGCUACAGCGCGGCGAAAGUACAUUUUUACCUGCUCUGCGUUGAGAUUUGUUCAUAAUAUCCACCGAAUGCUAAAUCGUUGAAAAUCUUUACAAACAUUCAACUUGCUCUGGAUCUCAUAUAUUAACACUAUUGAGUAGUUUUUAGAAUACUUAUAUAUUUAUAUAAGUGAUGUGGUAUAUGAACAAAUCUUUGUUUAAAAAGAAAACUGCGAAUUUCCUUUUGUAUAUUUUUUAUGCCAAGCGACUUUAAUAAUGUGUUUGUCAAGGUUUCUAUUCAUUGUUUCGGAUGUAAAGGAAUAGAGAAACAUUGACAAAUACAAGUGCCAACCCUGUGUCAAAUAUUUGUCCCAGCCUUGGAGCCAAAGGGUUGGUGUUCAUACAUUUUUAUCAUGUAAUUAUUACGUCACCGGUUGGUGAUUACGACAUAUAAUGCGGUAGCAGUAGUGCUGGUUUCAGAUCUGUGAGUUAAUAAUAUAAAUUUAAUGUGAAAAAUAUUGUUGUUUCAUUUUUUAUCCCCUCAUUGCAGAUUGCGAAUUCGAUAC